AUGUCAAGCACAUCAGAUCGCAUCCUUCGGGUUGGAAUCAUCGGCUGCGGAGAGAUCUCUCAAGUCGCCCAUAUUCCCAACAUCAACUUCCUCUCCCACAAGUUCCAGACGACCUAUCUCUGCGAUAUCUCCCAGCAAGCUCUAGGCCACUGCAUGAACAAAGUCCUGGGCGGUUCUCCUAAAACCACCACCAACCCUGGAGAACUCUGCUCCUCACCAGAUGUCGACGUGGUCCUGAUCGCUAACGCCGACGCAUACCACGUUGAUCAUGGUAUACUAGCUCUCAAGAACGACAAGUACUGCCUUAUCGAGAAGCCAGCGGCUACUUGCUUCCGAGACAUAGACAGACUAAUUGAGGCGGAGAAGGUUUCAAAGGGCAAGGUGUUUGUUGGAACGAUGCGCCGCUAUGCUACUGCUUUCAUUGACGCCGUGGAAGAGGUCGGGGGCAUGGAAAAGAUUCAGUAUGCUAGAGUGAGGGAUAUCAUCGGACCUAACUCUACCUUUGUCGAGCAGAACGGCACAUUUCCUCAAAAGUUCAAUGACUUCACUGAGGAAGAUGGCCAGGACAGGAGCCGUCGAGAAGCUGAUAUCUUCGAGCAGGCUCUUGUCAAGGAGUUUGGAGUGCCGAGUACACCCCAAUCGCAAAGAAUGCUAAGAGUUCUAGGAGCUCUGGGAACCCACGAUCUUUCAGCAAUGCGCGAGAUUCUCGGCAUGCCCAAAUCGGUCUCUGGCGCCGUACUGACCCUCCCCGGCAUCUUCAGUGUACUAUUCCAAUACGACGACUUCCCCGUCACGUAUGAAUCAGGUCUCAGCGGCAUACCACAGUUCGAUGCACACAUCGAGGUGUACUCGGCCAACAAGAUCGUAAGAGUCAACUUCGACUCUCCUUACAUCAAGGGCCUACCAGUGAUUAUGACAAUUCGAGAGAAAAUUGGUGAGGGGGGAUUCCAAGAGAGGAUCAUCAGGAAGACGUAUGAGGAUCCGUAUACAUUGGAGAUGCUAGAUCUUUAUGAUUGCGUUGUUGGAGGGAAAGUGCCCAAGACAAGUGCGGUGGAUGCUAGGAAAGAUGUUGAGCUGUUCGAGAUGAUCUUGAAGGCUGGAGCUGAUAGGUUUAAGUCUUAG